UAAAUAGUGUAAAGUUUAACAAUAAAAAUCACAGUAGCACCGUAGUAUAUUACAUUAGUGAUAAUUUAAGACAUACGAUUUUUCUUUAACAGAAAGAUUAAGAUAGACGUUGCGCUCUGAGGUAAGAGGGUGACCAUGUGGACGGGAAGAGUCCGGCCUGCACCUUGACGGAGCAGCACCUCAAGCAUGUCGGGUCUUAAGAAAGCUCGAGCUGUCUUCCCCGAGGAGGAGUAUGUCCCCGAGGACGACAGUGACGGAGAGGACGAGCACGAUGACAUGAUAGGACAGAACGUUAAUGUUGAUUUUGAAGGCUUCCAGGCCAAUGAUGGAGACUUCCAUGGCAUAAAGAGGCUUCUUCAGCAAAAUUUUCGUGGCUUAAAUGUUGAUAUAUCAGGCAUCGCAGACACCAUUAUUUCUCAAAACUAUGUUGGCUCCGUUAUUAAGCAAGUGGGUGGUGAUGAUGACGAAGACGACGACGAUGAAGAUAUGCCCACAACCAGUGAAGAGGAUGCUGAGCAAGUAUUUGGUGUGACCACCAUUAUCAACCUAACAUCCAGGAAAGAUGAAAAAUGCAUAGCAGAGCUCAGAACAGCUUUAGUUGAAAAAUGUUCAAGCCAUGGUAGUGACUCGACUAGUCGGUUGCUUCGUGACAUAUUGGGCAAUGAAAGCAAGCAUGUGGGCCUCCUUAUUUCUGAGCGGCUAGUAAACCUUCCCCCACAGUUCUCUCUCCCAGUGUUUGAGAGCUUAAGGAAGGAGGUAAAUGAAGCGAAGGCAAAAAAUAUGCCUUAUGAUUUUGCAUACCUAUUGUUGAUUUGCAAAGUUUUCAAGAUGGAGAAGAAAAAGAAGAAAAAGAUGGUCGAGACUGAGCUGUGGAGUAACCCCGAAGAGGAGGUCAUUGCUGAGGAGAGUGUUGCAAACUUUGAAUACUGCGUGAAGGGUGAUACUGGUAUGUCUGGAGACUGGGAUGACGAUGAUGAUCAGUACACUCCAUACCGACGGGUUCUUCUCCUCAAUGCUUCACAAUUGGCAGAAAUAAUUGCUAAAGUCAAGCAAGCCAUAUAACGGAUGACGGACCACUUAUCCAAACACAAUAGGUUAUCCGUUCGCUGUUCCGAGGGGUUCGGAAACCAUGUAGCCGACUGUAUUUAAAAGCAAUUCUGAAGUUGGAAAAUGUAGCAUAUACUCCUUGCACAAUGUUCUUUGUGCUCCUCUGGUGACAGUCUACUAUCCAGAACCACCCCUAGAUCUUUGUUAGUUCUUUAAUGCCUUUCCACAUAAUUUAUAGGUUUGUGGCAAAUUUUCUCUGUUGCUCCAUACACUUGUUUUGGCUUGGGUAAUUUUGAAGAGCAUGACUAUCGUCUAGGUCUCAUAAUUGACAAAGUUCAAAUUGUGAUAAGAAAACACCAUUUAUUUUAAUGUUUCUUUACAAAUAAUGAUGACAUGUUUUCCAGUGUAUGGAGUAUAAAUAUGAAUGAUUUUAUGAUUGGUUAUUUUAAAAACUUAAAAACUCGUAAAUAUGAAAUGACAUAUAUAAUCUCAUAAAUUAUCUUAAAAUUUAUAAUAUAGAAGCUAACACAGUUAAAACAAUAUCCUAUUAAUAUAGUUCUUUGCCCUUUAUUAUGGAGGUUUGAUAUACGUGAAAUAAAGGUACACCUUACUGCUCAUGUAUGAUGCAUUUUAUACUAGAGCAAGACUUUUAAGUUACUGCCUGUAUGGGCAAUGAAUUGAAUAUUUAUGUGAGGUACUACAUGUGGGUGAGGCACUGGAUGUCACUUAUGAAGAAGUGCAUUAAUGACCUCUGCAAGGUAUUGCAUAAAUGUAAAUGUGUGUGUGUGUGUGGGUGGGUGGAGAUAUUGCAUGUGGAGAGGCA